AUAUGAAAUAACUUUUUUUCCCGGACUCACUGUGUCCAGUCUUUUUAAGGUUGAACAUAUUUGAAUGCUGCAAAGAUGAGAUCGUAUCAACGCAUUUUAAGCAGCCUUUAAAGAAUGCUUCAACAUUCAGGGUGUGUACUGUGGGGGCGGAGCCAGGUGUUAGGGGAGGAGCCAGGUGUUAGGGGAGGAGCCAGGUGUUAGGGGAGGAGAGGACGUCAUGUUGAGGAAACAAAACUUACGGUUCAUAGAGAACAAAGCCAACCGACGUGGAAGCAGUUCUCUCUUUCAGGAGAAAAAUAAAACACAUUUUUGCAACAAAUAGUCUGACAGACAGUAACAACUAGGUAAGAAUGGCCUGUGCUAACACUUCCUGGUCUGAAGAGAACUUUUCAUGUUCCAUCUGUCUGGAUGUGUUCAGCAGUCCAGUUACCACCGCAUGUGGACACAACUUCUGCAGAACCUGUAUUACAAAGUUCUGGGAUGAACAAGUCCGGUACAAAUGUCCUGUUUGCAACAAGCUUUUCAACACAAGACCUGAUCUACAGGUCAAUACCUUCUUAUCAGAGCUGGCUGCUCAGUUUAGAACAACCGUACGAGUAAAAGAGCAGCCUUGUGAUGAACCAGCAGAAGUUCCCUGUGACGUCUGUACUGGGACCCAGCAGAAGGCUGUGAAGUCCUGCCUAGUGUGUUUUACCUCUUACUGCCAAACCCACCUGGAGCCACAUCAGGUAGUCGCUCGCCUGCAGAAACAUCGGCUGGUCGAGCCUAUGGACCGUCUGGAAGACUUGAUGUGUAAGAAACACGACCGACUUCUGGAGCUCUUCUGCCAGACUGAACAGGUGUGUGUGUGUGUGUGUCUGUUGUGCACAGUGACAGACCACAAGUCCCAUCCUGUUGUACCUCUAAAGGAGGAAUAUGAAGUGAAGACGGCCCAGCUGGGGAAGAUAGAGGCUGACGUUCCGCAGAAGAUCCAGGAGAGAAAACAAAAGAUUAAGGAGAUCAAAGACACAGUGGAACUGAGCAACAAAGACGCAGACAGAGAGAUAGCCCAAGGUGGGCAGGUCUUCACUGCUCUGAUAGGCUGUGUUGAAAAGGGCCGGGAUGAAUUCAACCAAACGGUUCAAGAGAAACUGAAAUCCACAGUGAAACGAGCUGAAGACCUCAUCAAAGAGCUGGAGCAGGAAAUAGAAGAUCUGACCAAUAGAAGCUCCGAGGUGAAGCGGCUCUCACACACUGAAGACCACCUCCACUUCCUCCAGACCUUCAGAUCCCUGAAGGAUCCUCCACCCACCAGGGACUGGACCACGGUGGAGGUCCGUCCUCCGUCAUACGUAGGGACCUUGAGGAGAUCCCUGGAUCAGCUGGAGGAGACACUGAACAUGGAGAUGAAGAAGCUGUGUGACGCUGAACUGAAGAGGGUCCAGAAGUAUGAAGUAGAUGUGACGCUGGAUCCUGAUACAGCUUAUCCCAUGCUCCUCCUGUCUGAGGAUGGGAAACAAGCACAUGAUGGAGGUGUGUGGAAGAAACUCAACAACCCUAAGAGAUUUGCAUACUAUAUAUCUGUUCUCCCAAGGCAGAGCUUCUCCUCAGGGAGAUUUUACUUUGAGGUCCAGGUUAAAAACAAGACUGCAUGGUGGUUAGGAGUGGCCAGAGAGUCCAUCAACAGAAAAGAUAAGACAGAGAGGACCCCUAAGACGGGUUACUGGACUCUUUGGUACGACAAGCAUGGGUUGGUAUUUAGUAAUGACCCUGAUGUCCGUCUCCCUCUGAGAGCUGGGCUCCAGAAGGUGGGGGUGUUUGUUGAUUAUGAUGAGGGUCUGGUCUCCUUCUAUGAUGUGGAAGCCAGGGUUCAUAUCUACUCUGCUACUGGCUGCACCUUCACUGAGCCUCUCUAUCCUUUCCUCAAUCCAUGGUAUCAAAAACAAGGUACAAACUCUGCCCCCCUGAUCAUCUCACCUGUCAAUCAAACAGACUAGGACCUUUGUUUGAUAAUAAAAUAAUCAAACAACCAAAACAACUAAUGUUGUUUCCUGAAUUAGAAUUAGAAUCUCUACUAUGUGAGAUCUGAGAGAUCUGCAUUAAUGUCAUACUGCUGUCAUUUAACGAGGAGAAUAUCUUUAAGAAUUAACCCUGCAGUUGUGUAAUAUAACCCUUUAUAUAGGGUUAUAUUACACUCCAUUUAUGUGUCUGUUUUCCCUUUAUUUAUUUUAUGCUUAAAGAUAUAUAUAAAAAAAAAAGGUUAAAAUAAGUGUAAUACAAAAAAUAAAAUUGUUUAUUUCUAAAACCCUUAUUUUGAUUAUUUCGAGAGUGAUGGAACGUUUUAAAUCAUUGAAGAAAUGUAAAAGUUUUAGUUGGUGAACCAGUAAAUUAAUCUCCAAUGUACAAUAGCCCAACAUGUGUUACACACUUACACAAAGGUCACAGUGACUACAUGUAAAGAUACUCCCCAUGUGUGUGAGUACUGUGACUUUGUCUUGUCAGCUCUCCUCUCUCCAUCCUCUCCUCUCUCCAUCCUCUCCUCUCUCUUCUCCUCCUCCUCUCACUUCUAUCUGCUCUUCUCUCUAGCUCAGUGGUGGUUCCUUAGAGGAAAAUAAUUGGCUGUUUGUAAUAGGAAAUCAGGCAUGUUAUAUUUCCUUCAUGGUACCCCCGUUUGGGAAAAUCAGAAAA